UGAGAGAGAGAGAGAGAGAGAAAGAGAGUUAAGGUGUUCAUAUUAUAUGAAUAGCUUCACUUUGCCUUGGAAGAAAUGACUUUCUCUUCUUCUUCAUUAUUUGAACCUCUCUUCUUCUCCUUCAAAUCACGCAAAAAUGGCAACUUCUCUCUUUUCUGAUCAUCAAACUCAUACUUCUUGAUUCUGUUACCACCCUGCAACUUCAUCGUCUUUCCAUGCAUCAGCUUUCGGUUUUGAUUCUGUGUUCUUAGGAUUUUUUUUUUUUAAUUUUUAUUUUAAGAAUGUUUUGCUGAGUUUCUGGAUAUAUAUAUGGCGGCUUCCAUGAACAACUGGCUAGGCUUCUCUCUUUCUCCUCACCAGGACCCUCAGCCCCAGGAGAUCUCGUCCAUCUCCGCUUCUGAUGACGUCUCCGCCGCCGCCGCCGCCGGAGACUGCUUUGAUCUUAGCUGCCGGAGAAUGCUCCCCUCCACCUCCCCCUUCGGCAUACUCGAAGGUUUCAGCUCUAGAAAUCACCAGUCCCAAGAUUGGAGUCAUAUGAAAGACGCGGAAACGAUGAUUUUCAGUCAACACGGCCUCGAAAGCCAGCAAGAAGUUGCACCCAAGCUGGAGAACUUUCUGGGAAUCGGAAGAGACCGGCAGCUUCAAGCUUGCACCACCACCGCCGCCGCCGCCGCCGCUAACGCUAACAAUAACCCUACUUUUGGGCUCUCGAUGAUAAAGAACUGGCUGCGCACUAACAAGACUACCAGUGACAGCGGCGGUUGUGUGGUGGCGGCCGGCAUGAUGAGCAGCUCUCAAGCCCAGUGCCUGUCGCUGUCCAUGGGCGCGGCGUCGCAGCCCAGCUCCGCCGCCGCCGCCGCAGCUCUCCCGCUCCUGAAUAUCAGCGGCGGCGAGAACGAUCAUCUUCAUCACGUUAUUGCUGCAACUACUAGUAGCGCCGCAGGUUGUCUGUCGGAGAGCGAGAACAACAGUCAACAGACUGAAAACGGAACCAGCAGCCAGUCUCCGGCUACCGCCAUCGCCGACGCACAAACUUCCACCGCUACGGCCAACGGACUUGACGCCACGUCCCGGAAAUCCAUCGACACCUUUGGUCAGAGAACUUCUAUUUACCGCGGCGUCACAAGGCAUCGAUGGACUGGGAGAUACGAGGCACAUUUGUGGGAUAAUAGCUGUAGGAGAGAGGGACAAACCCGCAAAGGAAGGCAAGUUUACUUGGGAGGUUAUGACAAGGAAGAAAAGGCGGCCCGAGCUUACGAUUUAGCUGCACUUAAGUACUGGGGUCCUACUACCACCACUAAUUUUCCGAUUAGCAACUAUGAGAAAGAACUUGAGGAGAUGAAACAUAUGACCAGACAAGAGUAUGUCGCGUCAUUACGAAGGAAAAGCAGCGGAUUCUCCCGUGGUGCAUCCAUUUAUCGCGGUGUAACAAGGCACCAUCAGCAUGGAAGAUGGCAGGCCAGGAUUGGAAGAGUAGCUGGAAACAAGGAUCUUUACUUGGGCACUUUCAGCACGCAGGAGGAAGCGGCGGAGGCGUAUGACAUCGCCGCCAUAAGAUUCCGGGGACUGAACGCCGUUACCAACUUCGAGAUCAGUCGAUACGACGUGAAGAGCAUAAUGGACAGCGCCACCUUGCCCAUAGGCGCGGCGGCGAAGCGGCUCAAGGAUGCGGAGCAGCAGUCGGAGAGGUCACAAAGAACAGUAGAAGACACCCACAACAUCGGACUGCUCUCACAUUUCACCGACGGAAUCACCUACGGCGCCGCCGCCGCCGCCGCUCACCACCACGGCUGGCCCUCCCUCGCUUUCCAGCAAGCUCAGCCGCUGAACAUGCAUUACCCCUACGCCCACCCCCAGAGGCUCCCCCUCUGGUGCAAGCAAGAACAACAUCAACCGCACGAUAACGCUGACGUCACUCACGGUGGCAUUCAAGAUAUUCAUCAGCUUCAGCUCGGGUACAACAGCGCCGCCGCCGCCGCCGCCGCGGCAGCGCACAAUAACUCUCUGCAGCCUUCCGUGAUACACAAUCUGAUGGGGUUGGACUCCUCUUCAAUGGAGCUUAGCUAUGGCGUCACCGGAGAGGGAGGAGGUAACAACAACGUUAACGGCGGCUUCGUGAUGAUGCCGAUUGGACACGAUGGGACCCUCCCGACAAACGGGUUCGGAGAAAACGAGGUGAAGCCGCUCGGUUACAGCGACAACAUGUUCGGUUCUUCUUCAUCUUCCCCGGAUCCAUACAAUCAAGAAAGAAGCUUUUACCUCUACAACUCCCAGCAACCGCCGAACCCCGCCGCCACCUGCAACAACUGGGUCCCAACGGCCGUUCCGACCAUCACGGCAAGGGCGGGAAACAUGGCCGCCGUUUGUCACGCCACUCCGGCCACUUUUCCGGCGUGGAAUGAUACAUAGAAAGUCUAACCAGUGGGUCCUUCAGUUAUGGCGAAAGAUCAAGUUAGAAGGUGUAUUAUAACUAGUUUUUAUUUUUUGAAUUCUCGUUUUAUUAUUACUUCAAAUGAAUUGAACCAAGAAAAAUAGGGAUCUUGAUAGCUUUUUCUUUGGUGCUUAGCUUGGUGGAUAUUUAUAUAUAUUGUAAUGAAUUUUGGUACUCGAUCAACAGAAGUUCAUGAAUAGCAUGUGAUUUCAUCACCUGCUAUGAUUUUGGGAACUUCUGUUGAAGGGAUCCUCGGAAAGGUAAAUUAAACACCAUAUAUCAUAUA